AUGUUGAUGAAGCUUUCAGCCACCAGUUCUCCCAGUCGGAGAGUUAUUAUGUUUGUGCCUUCUGCCACUUUUUGUGUGUUUUUCUAUGGAGUGGCUUUGCUGAUUAGUAGCCGAUGUGGGCUUUCACAAGAAGCCGGCAUACUCUUACAAAUAAAAGAAUCUCUGGAGGGUGGCGGAGGUACAGAUUUUCUAGCAGACUGGUCCAACUCCUCGGCUUCAUCUGAUUUCUGUAAAUGGCAAGGCGUCAAGUGCAUCUCAACAUCAACAUCCAGUAACGUUAUAUCACUCGCUCUGCCCAGCCGGAACCUAUCCGGUCAUCUUUCUUCUAUGAUUGGGAAGCUCAGCCGGUUGGAGGAGCUCGACCUUUCCGGCAACAGACUACAUGGACACGUUCCUCCUGAAUUGGGGAACUGCACACGCCUUCAGACGCUCCGUCUCUCAAAUAACUUUUUCAGUGGUGUUAUCCCGUUGACUCUAGUCAACUGCAGCCUACUUACUUUCCUUGAUCUGAGUUCAGAUAAUAUAUCUGGUUUUAUUAUUCCACAGCUGGGGGAGUUGUCAAAUUUGUCCGAGCUUCUUUUAUAUGCUAACAAUCUCUCUGGAGCAGUGCCUGCAUCUCUUGGUAAGCUUGCAAGUCUUCAGGUUUUAAGAGUAGGCUUAAACAGCUUUACUAGUUUCUUACCACCUGAAAUUGGCAACUGCACAAAGCUUACGUCUAUAGGCUUUGCCUCCUGCAAUCUGAAAGGCACAAUCCCAUGGGAAAUUGGUAAAUUACAAAGGCUGGAAAUGCUAAAUCUCUAUGAUAACCAACUGACUGGUUUUAUCCCUUCAAGCAUUGGGAAUUGCAGGGCUCUGCAAAAGUUUGUUAUUUAUAAAAACAACAUACAAGGUCCCAUUCCAAGGGAGUUUGGUCUUCUCCGGCGCCUCCAAUUUCUAUGGGUGUACAAGAAUCUUCUUUCAGGCGAUCUUCCUGCUGAAUUGGGCAACAUGUCAAUGCUUCAAGAGAUAGACGCAUCUUCCAACGAUCUCGUUGGAAGAUUGCCAGAGGAAGUCGGUGGGUUGAAAAGUUUGAGUUUUCUAAGCCUUGCCUAUAAUAAUCUUUCUGGCACGGUUCCUGCAUCCUUGGGAAAUCUUACAAGCUUAAAAAUAUUAGAUUUGGGAGAAAAUCGAUUCAGCGGCACAUUGCCGGAUGGAAUUGGUUUCCUACCAAAUCUUACAGAGCUGUACAUCAGCAGAAACAUAUUGGAAGGUCAGUUGCCUGCAGCCCUGGGAACUUUCAGCGAUCUGGAGAUCUUGGAUGCGUAUUCCAAUCGUCUAAGCGGAGAAUAUCCUCCUGGACUAUGUAGGUCUAAGCAUUUAAAAACUCUCAAUGUUUAUGGCAAUUUUCUCGUAGGAAAUAUUACCUUGCUUUUGAACGAUUGUGUUCCACUGAUAAGAGUUAGGCUGCAAAAUAACCAGUUCACGGGUCACAUUCCUUCAGAUAUCUCGAAACUGUCAGCUCUGUAUUACCUGGAGCUGUCCUUCAACAGCAUUCAUGGAGAAAUACCUGCCGAGCUGGGUCAACUUGAGAACCUCACUUAUCUUAUUCUUUCAGGGGACAACUUAACUGGAGCUAUUCCUCCUCAAAUUGGGGAUCUCACAAACCUGGGUAGGCUCAAUUUGAGUAACAACAAGCUUAGCGGAAAUAUUCCUUCCCAAGUCAGAACUCUCAUGAAUUUAGAAGAUUUGGAUCUUAGUCGGAACUCACUUGACGGUUCUAUUCCUCAAAACCUAGGCAACAUUUUUUCCGACCUGUUCAUCUUAAAGUUAAGCUCCAACAAUUUGAGUGGAAAUAUCCCGGCAUCUCUGGGAGAUUGCUCGAGUUUGAUAGAGUUAGACCUGUCUCGAAACCAACUUGAGGGACCGAUUCCAAGGGAAAUAGGAAAGCUAGUGAAUCUGCAAACUGCGCUGGAUCUCAGUUGGAACAGGCUAUCUGGUUCUCUUCCACCGGAGAUUGGAAAUCUGGUGGUGCUUGAAUCAUUGGACGUCUCCUACAACCAACUAUCUGGUCAGAUUCCUCCUGCUUUCUCAGGCUUGAAACUUCUUUCCAAAUUCAAUUUUUCAUUCAAUCGAUUCACGGGGCGAAUUCCUGCUCUGAAAGCUUUCGCUGGGGGCGCCACAAGCUCCUUUGAUGGUAACGAUGCUCUGUGCGGCCCACCCACUCCCAAUUCCUGCUUGGAAACCAGAAAUAGUAUUAGUAAUAACAAGAGCGAGGGGACAGGCAGCAUGGUUGGAAUUGUUAUUGCCGGGGUCGCUGCUAUUACGCUUGUCAUAAUAGGACGUGUAGUGUACAAGGUUCUUCUGAGAGAAGCUGAGAAAAGCUUGGCAAUUGCUGCAAAGGUCUUGAGAUUGCAAGAGGAAGGGAAAAGUAGUUUGAUACGCGAGAUAGAAGCUCUCAAGUUCGUCCGCCACAGAAACAUUGUAGGUUUUCUUGGGUUCGUGUAUGGGAGCAGCAUCAACAUGGACGUUCUGCUCUUCGAAUACAUGGCAAAGGGUUCCUUAGGGGAAGCAUUAAAAUCACAAAACUUGGGGUGGAAGAUUCGAUUGAACAUAGCUUUGGGAGUGGCCCAGGCUCUGAAAUAUUUACAUCACGACUGCACACCUCAAAUUGUACACCGCGACCUGAAAUCGGCAAAUAUUUUGCUGGACGAUGAGUACGUAGCACAUGUGGCAGACUUCGGCCUUGCAAAAUUGAUCUAUUCAGAUGGCCAAAGCACUAGCUCCUCCGUUUAUGUUGGCAGUCAUGGCUAUAUGGCUCCAGAAUGCGGUUAUGGAGUUAGGUCUUCCCCGAAGCAAGAUGUGUUCAGCUUUGGAGUUGUACUGUUGGAGCUUGUUACUGGCAAAGCAGCCGUCGUGGAUGCGGAAGGAGGAGAGGAGAAAGCAGAGGUUUGGCUGAAUGGGUUGCUAUGA